AAUUGCUGGUUUGUAGGCAUGCAGAGAAUUUGAAUGGAUUUGGCAAACUUCCAUGAGCAACAAAUGCCACGUCAGACAUUUACGUUAAUACCAUUAAAGUGGGUAUUAUUUCUGAUUAAUUUCAUGUUAUUUUCGUUUAAUACCACUAAUUGGUGACAUCACGCUCUCCGAUUAUGUAUUACCAUCUCGUUGAAAACACCUUCAGUUGUUGUCAAACUUUUCAGAGUAUCACCACGUAAAUAUGUUCACAAGGGUAAUCCUUUUAAUGGCUGUUUCACAGGUUGUUCAGGGAGAAAAGAUAUACAGUUUGGUGCCAUUCAACACUGCCAAUGCCGCAACUAACAAAGAUUUCUUCCAAGUAGUUCUACAAUCGGACAACGACGGCUAUGAAUUCUCUUCGACUGAUUUUAAAAGCAUUUUAUUUGCAAUGAGCGAUUGCAAUCUACAGGAGGGAUCCAUUUGCCACACAAAUAAAGUUAUUAAUUGGAAAUUAAAAAACAAAAUCACCAUAAUCAUUGACCAGAAUAAACAUAACAUGAAAGUUGCUGGAAUUGGGUUUUCCCAAAAAGCUCCCAAGAAACAAAGAAGGAGAAGAAGACGAAGUACCAAAGACAGAUUAGUACACGUUAAAAUCCGAAUACGAAGGUCUGGCGAGGUAUUGUUUAAAAAUGGUGGAGGUAGCUACAGGAAUAAAACUUUUACUUCGCUUAAUAACAACAAUUCAACUGGUGGAAGAAAUACUUCUGGAAAUGGCUACUACAAACGAUGUUUGGUAAAUGGUGUGUGGGUAUUAUGUCUCGGAACAUGGACACCCAGACCAACCACUACCUGUCCGACUGGAUUUACAUGUUAUGGUCGGGUCACUGGUGUUAAAAAGAAGGUCGUUUUAUCAAAAAAAUCGUCAAACCAACCAGGAAAAAAUGAUUCACACAAAAAUCAGAAAAUCAUGCGUAAACGGAGAAGCUUCCGACCCGCGUUACCUGCACUGACAGUGAAACAAACCUUAACGCAUUUAACUGUAGGUUUGAAAUCUAUACUAUCGUUAGAUAAUGUGUAAAUAUUUUAAAUGAUCCAAUUUGGUUGAUGUUUAAUACUAUGUGUGCAGUCUGUAAUACUAAAAUUAAUCUGAACCACAGGGUGUCGUGUAAGUAGGUUCCACAUUGUAUAAAUUAAAGAAAUUAAUAAGUACAAUCUGGUGAAAUUUCUCUUUGUGAGAAGCACGAGAUUGAACAUCAAGCGUAAUGUUUCUUAAUGACAUAGCUAUGUAAACAUGGCCCCAUCAAGGCUCAAAUUUAAUUUUUUAUUUAACAAUGUGACACUAUCAUGUUAGUGUAUUCGUGUAUAUAUUGUUUAUAUAAAUAGCGAAAACACAUUAUAGAAGAAACUCUUU